AAUCAACAAGAUAUAAAGCAGAAUGAUGAUCCUGGUUUUUUGGUCAAACUAUCCAUAUGAGCCUGUCUGUCUAGCUAGACAUAGAAACAAUAUGGAAGCAAGUGUGCCAAAAUAUAAGAAGCAGUUGCCUCAACUAGGAAUGCAAAAAGAAAUGGAACAGGAUGUGAAGAGAUUUGGCCAGGCUGCCUGGGCCACAGCAAUUCCCAGGUUGGAAAAACUUAAGCUAAUGCUAGCUCAAGAGACUCUGCAACUCAUGAGAGCGAAAGAAUUGUAUUUAAAUCACAAAAGAGCUGAAAUUCAGGGAAAGAUGGAAGAUCUUCCAGAACAAGAAAAAAAUAUAAAUGUUGUAGAUGAAUUAGAAAUACAAUUUUAUGAAAUUCAGUUAGAACUAUAUGAAGUUAAAUUUGAGAUAUUAAAAAACGAAGAAAUGCUGCUUACUACACAGUUGGACUCUCUUAAAAGACUUUUAAAAGAAAAACAGGAUGAAGUUGUCUAUUACGAUCCAUGUGAAAGUCCAGAGGAACUUAGUCAUUGACUGUGGUGGGGCUGCAGGACGAUAAGAAUUCAGAAGUGAAAGAACUCAGAAGGCAGUGCCAGCAGCUGGAGUCUGUUAAACGGGGCAGUCUGUGUCAAAAGAGCUUCUCUCCAGAGUAGAAAGGUCCUUGAAGUGUUUUCACAUAGAUAUUUCACAAGAGCCAUUUCAGAACUGAGAACAUUCGGCGUGCACUCUUCCUCUUUUGGUCCCAGUUUUUAUGUGUCCUACUUGAAAUUAUGUUUGCUCCCGUUUCAAUUGUAAUAUUGCACUUACUCAUUAGUUUUUAGUUUGAACUCUCCUGCGAGGUCUAAUGUAGAGUUUGGACAAGAACACAGAUUCAUAAUAAACCUACCCAGUCAAUUUGGUAUAAAGGCUUAGAAGGUGGAACUGGCCACAUUUUGAAUUGGAGCGCUAACAGGUUGUAUAUGUGAGCCACAUUUUAUUGCAAGUGUUUGAAAGACUAUUGCAAAUAUCGGAUAUUGCCAGACAGUUGGUAAAAAGCAAAUUGAGUCUAUUGAGAAAUUAAUUCACCAGCUGAAGGAAGUACAUUUGCCUUAGAGUCAUCAGAUAUUCUACCCACCAGACUCAUCUCCGAGAUAGCAUCCUAAUGAGCUUCCUAAACCAACUAAACAUAAGCAGGAAGCAUCCAUCAGUCGUCAAAACUGACUCUUUUCAGCCAAUCAGCUGACUGCACAAACUGUAUGGCAUUGAGGAAAGGAAGAACAUUCUGAAAGUUUUUUUCUUUUUUCAUUCUGUCCUCAUUCUGUUGGUUUCUCGGUUUUACGGAUGCAGGAUCAUGCACAGAACCCUGUAAAUGAGCAUAGUUCGUUUAAGUAUAUAAAGUGCUUUCAGUGGAUAAAAUGAAUUUUAACAGGCUUAAGUGAUGUGCCUAAAUGCACACAAUUAAUGCAUGGCUGGAAUUCAAAAUCAUGUCUUUUCCUCUGUUCUGAUUGUUUCAUAAAUAUGGGUUGUUUUAAUGUGUGGCUGGAAUUCAAAAUUGUGUCUUUUCCUCUGUUCUGAUUGUUUUAUAAAUACAGGUGUAGUGAUUGAUUUUCUACCCACCAUGACAGGGAAUAGGUUCAAAACUUAAAACCCUGUUUGUUUUAUAAUUAGGUAGACUCAAAUGACAGGUCAAGGCAGGGAGGGGAGCCAGUCAUUUUUACUCCCAUAUGGGUUUGCUCCUUCAAAGACAGGAUUGGGGUAGCAGUGUCAGUUCCUACAGGUUAUAAUGAUCUUAAUGAUAAACUUAAAUAACCGUAACUGAAUACUUAUAAUGUGCUAGCACUUUUCAUAAUGUAUCCCAAUAAUACAAAACCUUCCAAAUAUUACCUUUUUGUUGUCUUUGUUUUAUUUUGUUUUGUUUUGAGACAGGGUCUCACUCUGCUGCCCAGGCUUUAGUGCAGUGAUGCAAUCAUGGUUCACUGCAGCGUCAAACUCCUGGGCUCAAGCAAUCCUCCCACCUCAGCCUCCCAAGAAGCUGAGACUACAGGCAUGCACCACCACUCCCAGCUCCAAAUAAAUAUUCUUAUCCCAUUUUACUGAUGCAGAAAAAUGUAUGGCCCAGAGAAGUAAUGUUAAGUUUAUUGGGGGAUUUAAGUUGUAAAAAAUUAUUUUAUCGAACCCUAAUGUAAACUAUGGACUCUGGGUGAUAGUGAUGUGUCAGUGUAGGUUCAUCGAUUAUAGCAAAUGCAUCAUUCUGGUGCAGGAUGUUGACAGUGGAGGAAGCUGUGUGUGUAUGGGAGUAGGGAGUCUAUGGGAACUCUUCUACUUUCCACUCAAUUUUGCUGUGAGCCUAAAACUACUCUAAAAAAUGAAGUUUAUUAAUCAAGAAAAAAAUUCUUAUGUUUUAUGAAUAUAUGGGACAGCUAUUCAUGUAUGUGGUAAAAAUGAAGAGAUUUGUUACAGUACUCAGCAGGAGUGUGUCUAAUCGACUGAUAUUCAUGUGUCACUUAUAAAAACUGGCUUCAUUAUCAA